AUGAGCUCAACUAGCAAGCUUACAGAUCGAAUAGAAAAGAUAGCUACUCACUCGAAUACAGUCAGUGACUCGGUCGAUGACGAUACGGAAUUCUCGGACGAUGUAUUGGACGAGGACUACGACUAUGAUCAUGACCAAGAAGAGGAAGAAAUCGUCGAAAUCGAUGAGGAGGAAAUGAUGCAUAUGCUUGAUGAACAAUCACCGCCAUUGCUGCUAUGUAGAAGGCUGUUUCAUACAAAUCCGGCGGAAGCAAACGAACUUCAGGUGCUCACAAAGGACGAAGCUCAACAGUUAUACGAACGGGGGUUUGUUAUGUUGGAGACUGGAAGGCUGGCUACUAACGAGCAAGUUUGGAAUGGAAGAUGUGCGGCGCUAGAGCUGGAUGGUAGUGGUGGGAUGACUGAUGCUGCUCAUUUUCGUGAAGGUGAAGGUGACGAUCCAUACAGAGACAGAACAGCACGCACAGACCGCAUCGCCUGGCUCCACCACGACAAACCACCAGGCAACCAUCCAGCAUUCUCAUCCCUCCUCUCUCGCAUGGACGCACUCAGAUCCGACAUAUCAUCCCUCCUCCAUCUCUCACCCCCAACAAACCCAAACGCAACCGAAAUACAACUCGCCCUCUACUCGGGCCAGCAGCAGGGUGGAUAUACCAAACACAGAGACGCGUUCCCGGUAGACGACAUUAAUGAUGUGGAACAAAGACGUGUUACGGCUAUAUUGUAUUUGAAUGAUUUUGCAUUGAAUUCGGAGGUUAGCGGCGGGUGUUUAAGGAUUACGACGCCGAGUUUAGAUGGUGGUGGUGGAGAGUAUGUGGAUGUUGCGCCUGUUGGUGGGAGAGUGGUGGUGUUUAUGAGUGGGGCUGUGGAUCAUGAGGUGCUGAAUAGUAAGGUGACGAGGGUUGCGUUGACCUGUUGGUGGAAGUAG